UCGAUCUGGUUCUUUCUGCCAUUGACCCUGUAGCCAAUCUGUCCCUUCUCCAGACAGUGAAUCAUGUUGACAAGAUGCAUUACAUUCUAUAAAAUUCUUCCCUUAUCUAGGAGACUCAUAACUGAAGCACUAACUCGACUCUAAAAGGCAGGCUCUGCUGCACUCUACAGCCAUUAAAAUAUCUGUUGUGAUUUGAAAAUUCGGUUUCUCUGUUGACACAGGAGAUUUUUAAUAUGAAGCUCUUCUCAACCUCUCUCUGCUUGGGACUCCUGGCUCUCUUGUCUGUGAUGGACCUUUUAAAGUGUGUGCAUGGUCAGCCACAGAUGUGGCUCUCAGGAUAUGAGCUGUUUCCAGCUAAAGAACGAACCGCUGACAAGAAACUGCCACAGGCUCUGCUGACCCGAAACCCUGGUUUCCAGAGACCCUCCCACACUGGUGUAGAUCUGCCCAGCAAAUUGAAGGACCUUAAACAGCUAAAGAAGCUGAAAGAAUGGACUAUGGAAGCAAAGAAUGCUGAGCUAUCCAACACUAUGGAGAAGCUAGCCCCUUCCCAACCCAAUAAACGAGCUUGCUUUUGGAAAUACUGUGUCUGAGUCCUCUCUGAAUAUACAAAAGGAAAGAACACUAGGAAAAAUAUAUACGUCUAUUCUGCUUAAAAUUUACAUUUGUUUCAAGUGUUAAGGAACUGACCCUUGUACUUGCAUCAUUUUUCUCACUUUGUUAACCUUCUGCCACCUGGGUUACGGUUUGAUUAAUGCUCGUGUGGUGAAGAUUGACACCUGGUGACCUCUUGGAUGGAACUCUCCAUUAAAAUGACUUUAGAGGUGAAACUGGGAGAAUUUUUUUUUAAUCUAUUGUAUACUUGGUGGAAAUCCAUCCUCUCUCUCUCUCUCUCUCUCUCUCUCUCUCUCUCUCUCUCAAUGUACUGUUGUUGGCUGUCAAUAAAAAAUAUU